UAGUCAAGUUUGGAUAUGUCUGCGAAGUUGCUGCAUUCGUUGGCAGAUGAAAACCCCGAUUUGCAGAAGCAAAUCGGCUGCAUGACCGGUGUGUUCCAGAUCUUCGAUCGGCAUCAAAUGGUUACCGCCAAGCGCCUGAGCAAUCGGAAGCUUCCUGCUGCAGGGCAUUCCCGGUUUAACAAUGGAUUCCUAGAAGGUGAUUUGAAUAAUGCAUGCCAAAGGCACACUGCAAUUGAAACAAAUACGCACAGAACUGUGUAUGAGAAACAAAGACCCUCCACGGAGUCUUCGAGAGCAUCGUUUUCGUCGUCAUGUUCGUCUUCCAUGUCAUCACUGGAUUGUAACAAGAUAGCUCACCAAGAGGCCUCUUCCUUUGAUAGAAUCCUUUUUCCCGAAACUCCGUCUAGGGAUACCGUGAUGAACCAACCGAGUACUUCUCCACGUUUAGGCUCACAAUUUGUUGACCUUCAAGAUGUGGUCAAGGACUCGAUGUACCGAGAAGCUAAAGGGCUAUCGGUUAAAACGAUGACCAAAGAGGAAGUAUUGGGCAGUUCCGUGAAGCAUAGAGAUUCACCGAGGCCAUUUCCCCUUCGGAAUUCGAUGAACGGAUCUUAUGGGGUCGGGAUCAACGGAAAGCAAAAUUUGUCUGCUGAUCUGAAGGAAUCUCUUCGAGUUUUUGCAAAACUUCAGGAAGCACCUUGGUACUAUAACAAUGAAGCUAGACAACUUCAAAGAUCAUCAUGUGAGGGAAAAGGCUCGUGGAAUUCAAUCUCUAGGGACGCACCUCGAUUUUCUUACGAUGGGAGGGAGACUAAUAGUUUAUCUUUUGAAUCAUGGGACAAUUUCAAAUGUACACCGAAGCUUAAAGAGCAGCCGAGACUUUCUUUGGAUAGUAGAGAAAGGUCGAUGAAGGGUUCGAUGUACCUUGCUAAAAGUUUCCAUAAUAUUGAUCACUCGAACACAAGAGUUACCAAUCCACUAAAAUCUCCAGGAACCCAGACACGCCCUUCGAAUAUCGUAGCCAAGCUGAUGGGCUUGGGACCAUUGCCGGAUUCUUCCUCCGCUGGUGAUGCACAUAUAAGUGUGGUGAAAACCGGUAGUGUUGAGGAUAACAAUCCUUUCUUUCAGCCUCUUAGAUCAAAUGAUCCAAGCAGGCCAAGCCAAACUUCUAACAGGGCGAGAAGCUCGAUGAAAGAUCCUACUUCACCUAGGUGGAAAAAUCCCGUUAUGCCCAUGAAGCCUAUUUCCAGUUCAAGGUUCCCUAUUGAGCCAGCACCAUGGAAACAUGCGGAUGGAACUCAAGGUUCUCAGGGACAACCUCUUAAACAUGUAAAACUUCCGUCCCAGACUCUGAAUUCUUCCCCUUCGGUUUAUAGUGAGAUCGAGAAAAGACUGAAAGAUCUAGAGUUCAAACAAUCUGGAAAGGAUCUCAGAGCUCUUAAACAGAUACUUGAAGCAAUGCAAGCAAAGGAGUUCCUCGAGACCGAGAAAGAAGAACAAACUGCAAACUUGGUGUCUCAAAGAGACUGUGAACCGAAAUGCACAAGGCCUGGCCUGAAUCUGAGAGGUCAACGAAGCCUGCAGAACACUCGCGACAACACUUCCUCUACUAGGGGUUCGGAUUCUAUUAGAACGUAUGGAUCUCCUAUUGUGAUCAUGAAACCUGCAAAACUUGUCGAGAAAGGCAGUAUGCGUGCUUCAACCGUAAUUCCUAUUGAUGACAUUUCCAGUAUCCCCAAGAUUCGUAGUGGCAUAUCUGUAGAUAAUAAACGAGGUUCAAUAACUAGUCGAUCAGCUAGACAUCAUACUGCCCGAAACAGUCAAAGCACUUCCACUGUCAGCUCUUCUGAUAAGAGAGCUAAUAGUAGGAAUGUUGGAUCCAUACAGUCUUCAACGAAAUCUCCAAAAGAAAGCACGACAGCUUUAAUAAAGAGUUCAGGAGGAUCCAGAAGCCCACGACUGCAGCAAAAGAAGCUCGAGUUGGACAGGCAAUCUCGUCCGCCAACUCCACCAUCUGAUCCAAGCAAACCCCGAAGGCAGUCCAACCGGAAUUCGUCGGAAUCAAGCUCCCCAGGAGGUAAACGUAGACCAAAAUCUCACAAAUUGCAGCAAUGUGACGACCAGCUGAGUCAGGUUAGUUCCGAAUCAUGGACUUCGAGUCACCAAGGAGAUGAGAUCUCUCUGCAAUCAGACAACAAUAUUACCAUGGAGUCCAAGUUAGAUAUGGAAGUCACCAGUCAUGACCGAUUCAAGACCAAUAGUAGUCAAAUUCCAUCCAUGAAUGCUGCCAAACACUCGGCUUCUAGCAUAAUGCAGAAAGAAUCAACAUCAAGACUUUUUGACGAUGGAUCAGUGGCUGAACUUGCUAUGACUGCUCCGGAGCAUCCGAGCCCGGUUUCUGUUCUUGACACCUCGGUUUACAGAGAUGACGCUCCAUCACCAGUAAAGCAGAUACUGAACAUUCCAGAAGGUAUUGGUUCUGAGAAUUUCGAUGACAGCCACAGAGAUGAGCAAUGGAACUCUGCAGAUAACCGCUUGUCGAACAAUGCGGGGUCUGGUCUUGUCUCGGAUAUUAAUCGCGUGAAACUACAGAAGAUCGAGCAUUUGGUCCAAAAACUUAGAAGACUGAACUCCACUCAUGAUGAAGCCAGUACGGAUUACAUUGCAUCCCUUUGUGAUAAUACGAAUCCAGAUCACAGAUACAUUUCUGAGAUAUUAUUAGCCUCUGGCCUUCUACUGAGAGACCUUGGUUCUGGCUCGACAACGUUUCAGCUCCAUCCAUCAGGCCACCCGAUCAACCCGGAGUUAUUCUUCGUUUUGGAGCAAACCAAAGCAAGCUCUUUGCUUUCAAAAGAAGAUAGUAACUCCGGAAAGGUUUCGCUUUCAAAGCCAGACCACGAGAAAUUCCAUCGGAAGCUUAUAUUCGAUUUGGUUAAUGAGAUUCUUGUCGGAAAGUUGGCUCUAGUGGGAGCCUCUGCAGAGCCUUGGAUAAACUCCGGAAAGCUGGCGAGGAAGACCCUCAAUGCACAAAAGCUUCUUAAGGAACUCUGUACGGAGAUAGAACAGUUUCAAGCCAAGAGAUCAAACAGCAACACGGAGGUAGAGGAGGAUGGUCUGAAAAACAUAUUGUGGGAAGAUGUAAUGUGCCAGUCCGAGAGCUGGACGGAUUUCAACGGGGAGAUUUCCGGGAUGGUUCUCGACGUCGAACGGAUGGUGUUUAAGGAUUUAGUCAACGAGACCGUGAUCGGCGAAGGGGGUGUUUCACGAUCCGAUCAACAACGUAGGAGGCGUCAGCUGUUCUCCAAGUAAGCCGUUUGCAUAAAAAAAAAGGUCUUGUUAUUUCUUCCUCUGUUCUGAUUUAAUUCUUUUUUCUUGUUUGCAUGAAAGCUUAAUAAUUCAUGGAUAACAUUAAGAACUGCAGUCCCUUGUAACAUUUCUCAGACUAUGACACCAUACUUAUAU